AUGCUCGCUACGUUGGCGAUCUCCAGCCCAAUUCCAGAACUCGAUGAGAGAGCUCCUCCCGUUAUAAACGUUCCAUCCGCGGGUCCAGAUUCCCGUACCAUUGGCUCUACACAGAAUGUCAAUGGCGUUAUAAUCAAGAUAAAAGACCUCAGCGGUAAAGCCGUGAAUACAUUUUUUGGUAUCAACGCUAAUUCUGGCUCAUCAGACUUUCUCAUCGACCCAAAGUGGGCUAAACUAGGGGUUACGUACGUUGUUGAAGUAUCGACUCCAUCCGCCAAAGAAACUAGUAGUCAAUUCACGGUAUUCAAGACCCUGGGAUAA